AUGUUGAUCUCGCUAAUGAUCGUUGCAAGUGUAUGGAGUGUAAAGGGGUUUAAUUUAUCACCAGCCGCAAAUUAUGUAUUCAAUCAUCCAACACUCAAAACAUUCAUACGGCCAACACGGAGCUCCUAUUUUGGAUUCUCCGUCAACCUUCGAACUAGCGGUGUCAUCGUCGGAGCACCGCGAGCACAGUCCGAUUUAGAAUAUCAGCGAAACGUCAACGAAACAGGUGCCAUUUAUAAGUGCAGCUUUGUAAACCCUUCGAGCUGCACUCCAUUCCGUCUCGAUCGGCAGGGCAACACCGACUAUGAAGAUUGGUACAAUCACCAUUCCGAGAUACGAUCGGAGUUAAAAGAACACCAGAUGCUCGGAGCGACAGUGGAUGGACUGGGUACUGAGAACGGAUGGUUUAUCGCUUGUGCCCCACAUCUUAAAGGCGCAUUAGAGGUUGUGUAUCUUCUGAAUGGUAUCUGCUACCUAACGGAAGGAGUUGCCGAGAUCGAUGAGCCAACAAACUUGCAUAAAAUAAAGCCACUACGCUUGAAAGCAAAACAACAAAAUAGAGACAAAAUCUACAACUACAUGUUCGGUGAGCAAGGCUUCAGCCUACACGUGACUGACGAUGGAGAUGAGCUUCUCAUAGGUGCACCCGGUGUGAUGUUUUGGCGAGGCACUGUUCUACGCUACCGUCAGCGCUCUGGACUGUACCUGAAGGGUCUUAGGAAUGUGUACUUGGAGUAUAACUAUAAUCGAAGCUUAACACACGAGAGCGUUGUGCCGGAUCCGAAGUACACUAAUAUUCCGGCAAACUCUUACUUCGGAUAUGCGGUAAGCUCCGGACGUUUUUUAGGCACACAAAAAGUUCUGUACGUGGCAAGCGCUCCUCAGGCACGGAACCAGCACGGUGAAGUGAUCAUUUUCGAUUAUGCAGACAAUCGAACUGUACAGGAGGCAGUGAUUGUUCGCUAUCGAACAUUCGUUGGGCAGCAAUUUGGAGAGUAUUUUGGGUAUGCUCUGCUGACAGAGGAUUUUAAUAGUGAUGGAUUACCGGACCUAGCUAUCAGUGCUCCGAUGCACAGCCGGGCGAUGGAGUAUGAUAAUGGAGCAGUGUAUGUAAUGCUCAAUGUUGGGGAAAUGAACUUCGAUCUGCAGGUCAAACUGAUGACCACGUACGAACUUAGUGGGAGAUUCGGUACGAGUUUGGGAAAAAUUGGAGACCUAAACAAAGAUGGUUACGGAGACAUUGCGAUCGGUGCACCGUUUGAGGAAGAUGGAACGGUAUACAUAUUUCUUGGAUCUGCAAAUGGAGUGCAGUCACGACCAAGUCAGCGAUUAGUUCCAUCCCUUUCUCAACUGCAAAAACCAUCGUACCAGCCACACAUGUUCGGGCACUCCCUCUCGCGUGGAGUCGACAUUGAUGGUAAUGGGUACGCUGAUCUAGCAGUAGGAGCUCCAAACGGAGAGACUGUGUACGUGUUCCGCUCAUAUCCUGUGGUACGGAUCGAGGCAAGGAUUAAUUCUACCAAGCGAGAACUUCCCGCUCAAGGUGGUGUCUUUCAAAUAGCUGUCUGCUGGUCGAUAGACUUCCCGGCAGGCGUUCCGUUUCCCAUUGCCCUGCAAUACACACUGGACGUGGACAGCCAGAUGGGACGUGCGUCGAUCAGUAAUCGAAGAAAUCCCAAUACAGACUACGAGCCAAUAACCAUAGGAAACGGUACCAUGUGUAUAGAGUACAAUAUCGUAGUUAAAGCAUCACCAAUCACACUCUACAAACCGAUGAUAAUUGAAAUUGAAUUUGGAUUAGCUCCAACUGCUACACCUCCCAAAAACGGGAGCCGUUUUUGUGAGCACUGUGCGAUUCUAGAUCCACUGGAUUCUACUCGCGUCCAGGAACGUAUUCCGUUUAAGACCGGCUGCCGGAAGGAACUUUGUGUGACGGACCUUAAACUUACAAACCUCCGUUGGGUAGAUGUACCGAUGCUGUACAUUGUUGGUAGCACGAAAACAGUGACCCUAGAAGUGGACAUUGAAAAUGCUGGCGAAAACGCCUAUCUUCCGCAACUGAACAUUACUACGUCUUCAUUGCUUCGAUUGGGUUCUGCUUCGAAUCCUUCACCAGAGUGCCAGCAAUCAGAGCCAGUUCGUGAUCAGAUCAGCUUCCUUUGCAGUUUAAACAAUGGUCUUCCAUUGAAACCUUUAACAAGGAUAAGGUAUUUUCUCACACUUGAUGUGACACGUGUACAGGCAUAUGUUGGUUUUGUGGAUGUUCACAUGCAAGCUUUAACGACCAGCAAAGAACAAUGGCCAAAGGACAAUGCAGCCGAAGCAAAGUUGUUUGUGCACGAGUUUAGCCACAUAGACAUCGUAAGCAAAACUUCACCACGAGAAGCAAGUCUCGAUACAAACACAAAGUUCCUCAACAUAACUCAGCUCAUCAAAUUGCACAACAAUGGACCAAGUCCUUUAAACAAUACAUUAUUGCUUGUGGACGUCCCAAUUAGCUUUACGCCAACACAUUUAGGCGAUCAAAAAAGCUGUCCGAUAAUAAGUCUAGCUGAUGUGCAGGUUCGCAGCAGCUUUAAUGAUACACCGUUGGAAGUGAACUGGUUUCAACCGUCCUCGGAGAAGGGUUUGCUUAAACAAACGUUUGGUUUUUACACGAAGAAGCAGUCCGAACCACUACUUCCUCGAAGAAGGACCGAUGAAGUUGACGCGCCCACCAACAUCGAUUAUUCCAUGCGUCCGUCUUCAAUGGAAUACCUAGAGGAAGAGCAUCCAUCUAGGUACGAUCGGGAAGAGAACGCACAAACACGCCACAAACGAUCCAACCUAUGGCUGCAUCCCCUCCAACAUAAUUUGAGUUCCAUUCAACUGGAAGAAUUACCACCUCUAAGGACAGUUUACUUUAACUGUGCACAAAACACUUCCAACGUCGAUUGUUUGCAACUGCAAGUACGGUUGCCUCCCUUCCCAGCGAUCAACAAACCCAUCUUUCUGGAGUUGCAGUACAAACUGAACCUUAAAGAACUCGAGGCAUGUCUGCAGAAACAGGAAGAUAUUUUUGUGGUGCAGCUGCUCAGUGAUCUACAGAAGCCUUUGGAUGAGGCUAGGGAGACGUUCCGCAUUGCACGUAACACACCGUACACGGUCAUCUAUCGGGAUGUGAGCGUCAGUACACCGAUAUGGAUCUAUGUGACAUCUUCGUUCGGUGGGCUUUUACUGUUGGCCGUCAUAACCUUCACGAUGCAUCGGAUGGGAUUCUUCGAGCGUCACAUGAAGCGUGAGAUGCAGCGAAUGAACCGAGAGAGCGAUACCUCAAACUGUCUUGCUGAUCAACAAUGUACGGAAGAAGAAAUCACUGAAAUAUAA